AUGGAAGCCAAGAGAGAGGAGGGGAGGAGAGUCACCAGCCAUGAGAACUCUGUCACCUGUGUCCUCUAUAACAGCCUGUUCAGACAGGUGAUCAGCAGUGACUCUGGCUCCUCAGUGAUUUGUUGGCUGGUGGACACAGGUCAGAAGGUCAAGCAGUUCCACCGUUGUCAUGGUGAUGCUGAGAUCUCCACCAUGGCGCUGGAUGGGACACAGACACGCUUGUUCACCGCCGGCACAGACGGAGUAGUCAAGAUCUGGGACUUUAACGGUCACUGUCACCACAGGCUGAAUGCGGGCGGGACCAGGCCGUGGACAUCUCCCAGGUUCUAG